AUGUUAGUUGAGUUCGUUAACUCAGUUAUAAAAGAAUUAACAUCAUAUUGGCCGGAACUAAAACUAGUAACUGGGAAACCACGUCAUAGCCAAAGUCAAGGUUCCGUGGAAAGGGCUAAUCAAGAUAUUGAAAAAAUGCUAGCAUCUUGGAUGGAAGACAAUAAAACCACUAACUGGUCGAAUGGACUUAAAUUUGUUCAAUUCAUGAAGAACAGAGCAUUUUACUCAGGGAUAAAGCAGUCUCCGUAUCAAGCAAUGUUUGGAACGGAACCUAAAGUGGGGCUUACAACAUCUAAUCUACCUUUGGAAAUUAUAAGCAGAUUACAUAAUGAAGAAGACUUGAAAGUUGCAAUCACAGAAAUGAAUCAAAACUUCGAUGAUAAUGAAGAGAACCAAGACAAACAAGAAAAAAAUGAAACAAAAAAAAAACAGGUAAAGAACAAGAAGAAAUCAAAGAACAAGGAGAAAACAAAGAACAAGAAGAAAUAUUUGAACACAACAGAAACGAAUCAAUGA